AUGGAGCUUGAACACGGGACAGAAGUGGUAACGGGUGAGGAUUCGAUGAAAGAGGCGGAAGAUUACCUCGAUUCCGCCAUGGAAAGCGCGAUGGAGAAGUUCAGAAGGUUCGAGGAAGAGAUGGAACACAAAGCGAAAAAAGAGCUACAGGGAUUGUUGUCGAUUAGAGAAAGUGCGAGGAGGGUUCUUGACGCAGUUCUUCCUUCCCACCACUCCGAAGCCACCGUCUCAAGCAGAUCCGCCAGCCUCCACCUCUCGCCAGCGCCGAUCAAGCUUCAUACCCUUUCUCGUUCUCUCUUCUUUGAUCCUUCCCCUCUCGAUUCAGGUUCUGAUGGUGCAAGAGAAGGGGAGCAACUAUCGCCUCCUUCCUCACGUCUGCAAUUUUCGGUGCCUCCUUACUCCUGGCCGGCGACGCCAUCGAACAUUGCCGCCGGUGUUCCUCAGCCUUCCACAGUAGCGCAGUCCAAUUUCCUGUUCAUCUUCACUGUCAAUGGGUGGAGCUUGAUUAGCACUGCUAUUCCUGCAAAUGAUCCUCCGGUUUUACCCGAAGUUCCUUCUGUGUUGGCCCCUAUCCGGUUACCUGAUGAUAUGUUCCCUUACUGUGUUCCUAUAACGGUGAUCGAUACGUCUUCAAGUUUGCAGCAUAGAGAUGAACUUGCUGAGGAGCUCAAGACAGCUGAUGCGAUUGUGGUUACGUGUUCGUAUGAUCAACCUGCUACACUUGAUCUUGAUCAUCGAUUGUGCACAUUUUGGCUAAAGUAUCUCCAAGACUUACAGGUAAAAGCUCCUGUUGUCGUGGCGUUUUGUAAGGCGGAUAUAAAACAACCAAUUCAUUUGCCCAAGCUGAUGUUACCCAUUCUCCAACGGUAUCCUCAGCUUGAAAAUUACUUGGAGUGUUCAGCCAAACUGCGUACUCUAACACCCGAUAUUUUUCUAUACGCACAAAAAGCUGUCCUUUUCCCCACUCCACCACUUUACGAUCGUGAAACAAAAACUUUAAAGCCUCGAUGUUUGAGGGCGUUGAUUGGAGUCUUUACUCUUUUUGAUUCUGAUAAAGAUGGGUGUUUAAGUGACAAAGAGUUUAACGACCUCCAGGCCAAAUGUUUUGGGACACCUAUGGAAGAUAUAAAGGUGCAGUGUUUGAAAAGUUAUGUAGAAAAGAUCAUGCCAGAAGGAGCCGUCAUUGAUAAUAAGCUUACAUUAAGAGGCUUUCUCACAAACCAUGCGGAGCUUAUUGAACAUCAUCAUCCAGAAAUUACAUGGACCAUCUUAAAAAAGAAUGAAUAUGACAAUGAAAUCAAGUUCUGCUGUGAUCGACUGCUCCCUCCAAUUAAAAGAACCCUUGAUCAGAGUGUGGAGCUGACAACUGAAGCUCUGGAACAUCUUAGAAGAGUUUUCUCCUUGUUUGACAUUCGUGGUGACGGGGCCUCUAAUGCACGUGAGCUAGAAGAUCUUUUUUCUACCCAACCAGUAAGUCUCUGGAAUGAAGCUCCAUCUGUAGAGGUAAAUGUAUUGGGAGAGUUAUCAGUCACAGGAUUUUUAUCAAAGUGGGCUCUAAUGGCAUUGCUCAACCCUGUCUGA